GGGCUGCAGGGGGAGGCCGCGGCGAGGAAGAUGGCGGACGGGAAGGCGGGAGAGGAGAAGCCAGAGAAGCCGCAGCGAGCCGGAGCCGCCGGAGGACCUGAAGAAGAAGCAGAAAAACCUGUGAAAACUAAGACUGUUUCUUCCAGUAAUGGAGGGGAAAGUUCCAGUCGCAGCGCUGAAAAGCGAUCAGCUGAAGACGAAGCUGCAGACCUCCCAACAAAGCCUACAAAGAUGUCCAAGUUUGGAUUUGCCAUAGGUAGUCAGACGGCACGGAAAGCGUCCGCCAUCUCUAUUAGACUCGGAGCAAGUCCUAAGGAAACAGUUCCAACUCUUGCUCCAAAAACUCUGUCGGUAGCAGCAGCUUUCAAUGAAGACGAAGAUAGUGAGCCAGAAGAAAUGCCUCCAGAAGCAAAGAUGAGGAUGAAGAACAUUGGAAGGGACACACCAACAUCAGCCGGACCAAACUCCUUUAAUAAAGGGAAGCAUGGCUUUUCCGAUAACCAGAAGCUGUGGGAGCGAAAUAUAAAAUCUCAUCUCGGAAACGUCCACGACCAAGACAAUUAAGUGAAGUGUCUGAGAUUGGGGUGUGGGUGGGUGCAGUUAGAAGGAGCAGUCUCCUUUUUGUAAAGAAUGGUGUAAGACUAGCUUUGGAGCUGUUUUUCUUUCUUCUUUUUUUCUUUUCCUUUUUUCUUUUUUUUUAAGAUUGAGUGGUACACUAAUAAAUGAGAGUUUGCAAUUAGAGGUAAUUUAUGUUUUAUAUACAGAUUUCAAGACAUUUGCUAAUUUUGUAGUUUCACAUGAUUAGUUUCCAAGGGUUACAGAUAAUAAAGAAAUCACAAGUGGUACCUUUCUAAGAAUUGCAUAUUUUUUUAGACACAAGUAUUAGCACAUUAAGAGGGAAGCCAGAAGUUAUUGUCUGCUUCAAACUGGAAGCAGACCUCUCCGGACUCCUCCCCUCGUUACCUGACUGUCCGGCUCCCUGCGACAGCCUUACCGAGAGGGAGGGAGUAUUGGCUUGAGAAGACACUGUUACUGGACUAUUGGCUGAGAGGAAGUUUAGAUGAGGUUAAAGUGAACCUUUUCCUGCGGGCAUUUCGUUUUGUUUUGGGCCAUUCUAGCUAGUACUGCUUCGCUCUCAGUGGGUACCAAUGCUUUGCUC